AUGUCUUCCAUCUCUACUAUUGAAAAUCGCACCGCCUUGGUGUUUGGAGCUUCCGGCAUCACUGGAUGGGCUCUUUUGCGCGAAGCCCUGAAGUAUCCCACCACCACGGCAUUUCGCCGUGUUAUUGGCCUCACAAAUCGACCGUUAGACAAAUCGACGUCUUUUCUGCCCGAAGAUAGCCGCCUUACGCUGGCUCAUGGCAUUGACCUCACCAAGAGCAUAGAUGAUGUGGUGGCUAAGCUGGCGGAUAUUGAAGGCAUCAAGGAUGUGACUGAUGUGUACUUUGCGGCAUAUGUUCAACCCGCUGGAGCUUCAGAUUUCGAAGGCUUUGACAUCCUCAAAGAGGUCAAUGUUCGCAUACUUGAAACGGCAGUUCAGGCAGUUGAGAGAGUCAGUCCAAAAUUGAGGUUUUGGACUUUGCAAACUGGAGGCAAGUCAUACGGUUAUGUGCAUGUUCCGCAACUGGGAUUUCCCAAAGUCCCUGCCAAGGAGACAGACCCGCGAAUUCCUCAGCCAUACGAGGAUCAAGUCUUCUAUUAUGCUCAGUAUGAUGCACUCCAAAAACUUUCCGCUGGAAAGAGUUGGCGUUUUGCAGAGAUUCGCCCAGAUUUAGUGAUUGGCUUUGUCCCCGGUGGCGGUAAUGCGAUGAAUUAUGUUCAAGCUUUGGGUAUUUUCCUUAGCUUUUACGCAUACCGCGAUAAAAACUCGUCGGGGACAAAGAAGCCUCUUCCCUAUCCUGGUCCUCUGGCUGUCUAUAACAGUCACUACACCGAAAUUGGACAAACGACCUUGGCUAGAGCACACAUCUUUGCUUCCAGUUUGAAAGAGGCACCAAAUGGCGAGGUUUAUAAUGUUGGAGAUUCUCCAGUCACCAAGGGAAAUAAUUGGGCCGAGAAAUGGGCGUCAAUUUGCGACCUGUUUGGCCUUGAAGGCAUUGCCCCAGAGGAAACGCCCAGUCUUGGCGUGGCCGCAUACAUGACUCAACAUCGCGAUGAAUGGGCGAGCUUUGAGACUAAGCAUGGUUUAAUCCCAGGUAUUAUUGAGAAAACUAGCUGGGAAUUCAUGGAUGUGCUCACAUCAAUGCCCAUAUUCGAUCGGCAGUAUGACUUGACCAAGUUUGCAGCCACGGGAUUUGAGAAGAGCUCAGAUGUAUUAAAGAAUUACACAGAGGCCUUUGAUCUGAUGAGGGCGGCCAAGAUGAUUCCUUAG